AAAUAAUUAAACUAAAAAAUAAUGUAUAAUAGCAACUCUCACCCAGAUCCUUUUGCAGGCCAAUAUCCUCCUCCACCUCCACUACAAAGCCCAGUGACGGAAGAGCCUGUUUUUACAGCACCUGUGUAUUCUUCCCCCGCAUACCACACUCCACCCGCACACACUCCACCUGUACAUCAAUCUUAUGCUCCAGCUCAGCAACAACCCACAUACACAGCACCUUACACAGCACCUCAACAAACAUACACACCUCCAGCACAGGAAGCAUAUGUGCCUCCACCUACUAGUUACUACCAAGCACAAAACUAUUACCACCACAAUGUCGAUGAGGAACGUCAUGUGGGUCUAAAUGAGUUUCACAAUGAACAAAGUUCGUUAGACGAUUAUUUACGCCAAGAAAGAGAGGAGUAUAUGAAGCACGAACCAAAAAAGGAAGAGACCAAGACUAUCCCGUUUUAUAAGGAAGAGGUCAUGGGUAAUGAAGAACCAGAAAAGACACCCAUGGUGCAACAACCACCGGCCAUGAGUCGAAAGGAACGUAAGCGACUAGAGAAACAAAAGUUAGAAUAUCAACCCUAUGUGGUGAAACCCACUUUAGCACCCGAGAAUGAAGCAGACAGCUAUAAAUUAAGACCUUAUACAGAAGAAAAGAAGAGCCCGUGUUGUUGUUGUUAUAAUCCUGCUAUUACGUGUUGUUCAUUCUUUUGUUUAUUGAUCAGUGUAGCUUUUCUAGCAGCAGGUGUAGCCAUGAUGAUUGCCUCUAAAGUGGUCACUGAUAAAUGUAACAAUCAAUGUGCUGAUAUCAUAGAUCAAGCUCAAAAUGCAUGUGGCACCAUUUGUAGCAAAGUGUUACACGACGGUAUGCUUUACGGUGGCAUUGUCGUCGCCGCUUUAGCUGCUAUUGCCAUUAUCUGGAAACUUAUCAUGUGGACUUGUGCUGGCUAUUCCAAAAGAUAAUCACCUUUCCCUUAUAAAAUAAAAUAAAAAAAAGCUAUACUUAUUCAUGUAUCAUUACCCCGUAUUGUCACGGACGGGAAUUUAA